CAGUCGGCGGCUUCCCGGUGUCACCGUCUCCAGCUACCGCCUCAGCCACAGGACAGGCAACGCGCAGCUGCGACCGCCGCCGCGUCGCUGCCAAACAAGAAACAGAAGAACGCACAACCACAAUGAUCAAAGUGGACGAGGAGGAUCCCAUAGGAGAGGUGGAGCCGAGCUUCCCGUACCGCGACGUGCAGAUCCGUCGCGGCGUCGACAUCCGGGAUCUCUACGACCUUCAGGAAGAAAUUGGCAGGGGUAAGUUCGGCACGGUGUACCGCUGCCGCGAGAAAAGUACUGGUCUCCGGCUGGCGGCCAAAAUGGUGUCCACACCCAAGCGCGAAGACCGCCGCAAUGUGGAGCGAGAGGUGGACGUGAUGCGCGUGCUGCAGCACCCCAGGCUCAUACAGCUCUACGACGCCUUCGACAACGGCAAGACCAUGUGCGUCGUUCUAGAGCUUAUUGAAGGAGGUGAACUUUUUGAAAGAGUCAUCGAUGAUGAUUUCAUCCUCACAGAGAAGUCCUGCACCGUUUUUAUGAGACAAAUAUGCGAAGGCAUGGAGUUCAUACACUCCAAACACAUUCUGCAUUUAGACAUGAAGCCAGAAAACAUAUUGUGCCUCACAAAAACUGGAAACAGAAUAAAAAUAAUUGACUUCGGACUAGCCAGAAAGUUCGACCCAACCAAGAAACUGCAAGUUCUGUUUGGGACACCAGAAUUUGUUGCUCCGGAAGUUGUGAAUUUUGACCAGAUUGGAUUCGGCACUGACAUGUGGUCGAUUGGAGUUAUUUGCUACGUACUGUUAUCUGGCCUAUCUCCGUUUAUGGGGGACACUGACGUGGAGACGAUGGCAAACGUGACCAUAGCCAAAUAUGACUUCGACGAUGAAGCCUUCAAUGAAAUCUCCGAUGACGCAAAGGACUUCAUAGAAAAGCUGCUGGUUAAGGACAUAGAGGGGCGCAUGUCGGCCUCCCAGUGCCUAGCGCACCCCUGGCUCAAGAGAAAGCCUCCCGCCCCUCCUCCACCGCCAGAGGAGCUAGACCUGAGCAAAGAUAACUUGCGCGUGUUCGUGGAGCGCUGGAACGAGCACCCCAACAGCCCGUACCUGUUCGACGGCUGCGGCCAGAUGAUCAUGCCGCUGGCGAGCAGCUCGCUGCAGACGGUGGCGUCGCACACGUCGCUGGGGGGGCUGUCGCCGUCGCCGCCGGGCUCCCUCACCUCCUACUCCUCCUACACCUCCUCACUGUCGUCCUCGCCCGACUCGGUGCUCGAGCAGCAGCAGCACCAGGUGGCGCUGGGGCAGCGCCGGCCGUCGGCGCCCACGGUGGUGGGCACUCCUCCUUCCAGGGUGCGCCACUUCGAACCGGCAGUGCCCAGCCAGGGCCGCUACCAUCUGGAGCGCCUGCAGACGUUCGAGCGCCGCGCCUCCGAGGGCUGCGCAGUGACGGCGAGGCGCGACUCCGGACCCCAGCUGCCGCAGGUGCCCGCGCCCGGGGCGGUCAACCUCGCGGACGAGAUCCGCAAGCUGUCGGACAAGCUGUACGAGAUGGCCUCGCUGCUGUCGCCGCCGUCGACGCUGCCGCCGGCUGCCCCCGCCGCCCCCGUUCCUGCAGGGCCCCCGGCAGCCGGCGGACAGCCCCCCGGCGUGGCGGCGCCAGGCCGGCAAGCACCGCGUCUCCAACCUCAACCGCGACGUGCCGCGCGCGCUGCCAGACCCUCUGCACAACCCCCCGGACCUGCUCCAGCACCUGGUGGUGGCCGAGUGGCGCAGCGACGAGCGCACCGUGGUGCGCCGCGAGUCCUCGACCGCCGGCACCACCACCACCACCACCAGCGGCAGCAGCACCACCGGCAGCUGCGCGACGCAGAGGCGGCAGCGCCCCCAGUUCCCAGUCCAGUGAGCCCCAGCUGUUGCUUGUUCCGCAGAAGGCGCAUGACGGCGGCCCAGGCGCUGCGCCACAAGUGGCUGCAGGGAGUCGCCGCUGUCACUCAGCUGUCCACGGCUAAACUCAAGCGCUACGUCAUCAAGAAGCGCUGGAUCAAGGCCGUCAAUACCAUCAUCGCGCUGCGCAGGAUGGGCGCCAAGCUGGAGCCCGACGAUGCCGGAGCCGCGUGAAGCGGGUGCCUUCUCGGCUCCUGACGACCGGUCUGCCGCAUCCUCAGCAGUGUGCAAUUCACUCCGACUGCUGCAGCGUCUGUCACAAGCCGGCCCUCACCUCAACCCCUUUUGUUAAGCCCGAACUUCAGGAUCUUUUAACUUCCAUGGUGAUGGGAGAUUUUGGAAAGUUCCUCUUAAUUCUGUCGCACUUGUCUGAAGCAUGAAUUUCACGUUCCUGUAAUUUCUGUAGUGAUGGAAGAUCAGUGGAGUUACUCCUCACUUCAUCUCCCUUUAAAGCAUAUGCUAAGCAUGAAUUCUACAGUCUUGUGGAUUCUCUAGUGAUAGAGUAUAUCAUGAAGCUAUUUCUCACCAUGUUGCCCAUUUAAACCGGUAUUAGCCUAAAUUUCUAUACUGAUGGAAAAUGGUAGACAGUCCCUCGUUGCCUCACCGCUUUUAUAUAGCCUACGUUAAGCUUGAAUUUCUAGUAUUGUGCGAAGGGCACUCAAUUAGUAAUACAACACACAUUUUUUCUAAAAGCAAGUUAAUUUUUUCCAAAACACCAUAUUUCCCACUCUUUUGACUACAGAAACUUAUUUUUAAACAUAAUUUCCAUUAGAUGUGGCGACCUUGUGCUAUCUUACGGCCGCGUGGGGUAGCCGUGUGGUCUAGGGGCCGCCUUGUCACGGUUCGCGCGGCUGCUCCCGUCGGUCCCAUAGGACUUACCAAAAUUUCUAUCUUACUGUGAGGACCUAUAUGCCCGUGUUAUACCACUCGACUGGUCCACGUCGGAGCCAACGGAUUGCUGCAUUAAUAAUCUCCCCAUCAUUCGUGUACGGAUUCCAGUGCAGUGCAUCCUUCUUUGGGCCAAACAGAUGGAAGUCGGAAACUGUGAGAUCUGGGCUGUAGGGAGAAUGAGAAAGAACAGACCAAUGAAGCUGUGAACUCCUUUCAGGUGUGCAGCCUUUUGUGAGAACUUGCGCUGUCAUCGAGAAGGAGAAUUUCGUUUGCAUUUUUGUGAUGGUGAACAUGCUGAAGUCGUUUCUUCAAAUCAACAGCCGGCCGACAUGCGGCAGAUCGGAUGGGUUUGCGCUACCUUGUUGCGAUGAUGACAGACGCCUUGCCCAGCGACUCACCUUCCUUUGUCCACUGCCACGUCUCCAUAGACAUUCUGUAUGCGCCUAACGGUAUCUGCUAUGCUCUGGUUUUACUCCAAAAGAAACUCCAUGAAAGCUUUUGCUUCGUAUGUACGUCCACUGCAAAAGCUAUUUUGAGGUGUACGUAUAGCGCUGCCACCUGUCGGAGCUUCAUGUAACUAUAUGGGCUGAAGCUGGAAUAUUCCACGAUGUCCCACAACAAACUCCGCAUUUUUUCAAUCGAAACUGGACGAGAAGAAAGUGUGUUGCGUUGCUAAUUGAAAGCCCCUCGUAGCUUUCGCAUCGACAGAAAAUGGUGGAGGUCCCUCUUCAACCAAACGCCCUUAUAAAGCCCGUGUUAAGCCUCAGUUUCCGGAUUUCUAGAUUCCGUAGCGUAGGAAGGCAAUAGUAUAUCCAGCGAGGGACAGUGUAAGGCAGGUGCUCUCCAGCCCCUCUCCCAUCCCCUUCCAAAGAUUCGAUGUUAACUAGUUCCUACACCAGCUUGUUGUGAAAUCUCAAAACUAUCUCGUCAAUCACAUGAGUAGCUCCCUCCACGACUAGCUCCAGUCCUGCGUUCACUGUAAAUGAAUGAUGGCAAGGAGUUCCUCUCCACCCCAUUUCAUUUGUACAGUCGCUAUUAAGCCUGAAUUUCCGGAUUUUGUAGGGUCCCUAGUGAUGAAAUGUGGUGUGGAGUCCCUCCCUAUCCCAUCACCCUUGCAACCCUCCCUAUCCCAUCACCCUUGUAAAGCAAUCUUCAGCGUGAAUUUCCGUAAUUGUAGGUUCCAAAAUGAUGGUUGACAGUGGAUAGUUUUUCCUCACUUGAAUGAGCUUGCAAAGAGUGGAUUAAGCUCGAGUUUCAAGUGUUGAACGAUGGUGAGAACCUCAUUCCAUUAUCUUUAUGAAUGCUGUGUUAGGCCACAGUUUCAGAAUUUUGUGGAUUCUGUAGCGAUGGAAGAUAGUGGGGAGUUACUCUUAGUCUCACUGCAAUUGUAAACACUGUGUUAAACCCAAUCUUCGGGAUUUCGUAGGUACCAUGCUUGUGGAAGACGGAGGGGAAAUCACUCCUCACUUCAUCACCAUUAUAAAAUCACUGUUCAGCCUGAAUUUCGGGAUCUUUUAGCAUCCAUAGUGAUGGCAAUGAUGGAUAAGUCUGCCACCAAGGCUUUCAUUGCGGAAAAUAAAAACUUCCUAUUCUCUUUUUAUUUCUGUAUCCAAACAACUAUAUUUAUUGUGUUCCAAUGUAACUGCGAUCUUUAUGGACUUAUGACACUCCACCUGUUUCAGCAUUCGUAUACCUGAAGAUGGAUCCUUGUAAUUUCGAAGUCGUUAGCCUUUAUAUUGGGAUACGAAAGACACACGUUUGGAUAUUGGAUUAGGAAGAGAAUAAAUAGUUGUUGAAGGUAUUUCAUGUUUGUAACUACUACUUUCAAUAGUUAUUCAUCAAUUACAGACACGAUGACUACACGGAAAUGAAAAAUAAAUAGCAUUUCUUUUCCGAUGUGGAAUGAAUUUAAGGACGAACGUGUCUACGAUCAUCCAGACUGCUGGAUGAUAGUAAAUCAGGUGUGAGAACUCGCCAUUAAGAACGCAAAAUGAUGUUAUCCAGUUUUAGGAACCAUAUAAGAUGGCGGAUGAUAAUCUUUAAACAAUAAUAAUCUCGUAGCUGUGCUCCAAAUUCAGUUUAUCAGCAAUCUGUUGGUCUCAAGGUUUAUAUUUUGAGACAUCAGGAUCUGCUCUUUUUUUUCAGAAGUUCAUUUCUGCCUAGUGGAAUCCUUUGUGCUAUGUUUUCUCGUUUCUUCCUUCUUUUACUUUUUACAUCCGAGGUAGGAAAAUUCAUCCAUUUCUUCAUCAGUCUUCAGUCAAAGUCUUACAUUUUGCCUUACACCAUGUCCAUU